GCAGAUCCUCCACGAACGGAUCGGCCGUUCGUAGAUAUCCUGACAGAUCAACGGAAAGCAUUGCUUGGAUGUUGUUUUUAUGGCAGUCGCUGGACAGAAUUCUAAAGAUGCCGUUCUAUGCAGUAGCCAAAGGACGCCAGGUUGGAAUUUAUAACACGUGGCCAGAGUGCCAGCAACAAGUGAAUGGAUUCACCGGUGCUCGGUUCAAAAAGUUUGCCACGGAAUCGGAAGCGAACAAUUUUGUUCAGCAAAAUAGCGGUGGAUCUAGCGCUGUGUCGAGUACAAACUGGGGCAGAGGUAGCACGGUAGGAAAACGAAGUUUUACCACCGGUGCGGAUACGACGCAGCCGGUUAAAAAACAAUUCAAAAAGACUAUCCUUCUCGAUGAAGCACCGAAGCCGGUCAGCAAAAUGGUGAAAUAUGGGCUGCACUACUUUUCGCAGGAUGAUGACGGAUUUGUUCACGUGUACACGGACGGAUCGUGCGAGGGUAAUGGACAGGCGCACGCUGCUGCCGGCUUAGGAGUGUACUUCGGCGAAGGUCAUGCCUUAAAUACCGCCCAGCCCGUCAGUGGCCGAGCGACGAAUAAUUGCGGCGAAAUACAGGCUGCCUCGAUGGCUAUACGACUCGCCAGAGCACAGGGCGUCCGUCGGCUUAUGGUCAAUACGGACUCUCAGUUCCUGAUCAAUUCCAUCACCAAGUGGCUGCCGGGCUGGAAACGGCGCAACUGGACGCUGGCAAGCGGCGGCGAGGUUAAGAACAAGACUGACUUUCAGGAGCUUGAACGGGAGCUAAGUUCUGGCGAUAUCGAGAUCAAGUGGAAUCACGUCGAUGCACACUGCGGCAUCGCAGGAAACGAGCGUGCGGACGAACUGGCCCGCCAAGGAACACAGAUGUAUCGAACGAUGCGUAGAGGACGAUAAACGGAAACUUCUCCCAUUUUGUUGUUGUUGACCAGCUGAUUGAAAAGAGAAGGUUAAAUACAAGUUGAAAAGAAUAAAGUGUGAUAUAGCACGCAAAC